AUGUCAAAUGGCAUAGUUAUUGCCAUUCGUGUUGGCACGAAUUUUACUAAUUGUGCAUUGGAAGAAAAUUCGAUUGAGGGCCACGUUUGGAGGGGUGAACCAUUGGACAAGUCUGAUUUGGCUGACAAUACAGAGAUCGUAACUGAGGAGACACCAAGCAUUGUUGUAUUAAGUUCUGAAAAGUUUGACCAUUAUUUUGGAUAUGAGGCACUUAAACGGAUCGAAAAGCAAAAGAAAGGGGAUUUGAUUUUCCCAGAGUUUGUAAAAAAUCUCUUCUGCAGUGGUUACAAGGUUCCAGAAUUACUUAGGGCUGAGAAUGGUGUCCCUUUGUCUUCAGCUGACGUUAUGGAGAAAGUUAUAUCAUAUUUGUUCGAACAGAUACAGUCGAAUGUUGAAGGGUCGACGUGCAGGCAGUUUGUCUUCACAGUACCAACAAUGGCAACGGAUGAUGCUUUCCUGUUUUUGAAACAUUCCAUUGUUAAUGCAGGUUUAUCAGAGGACCAAGUGUUGAUCAUCCCUGAGGCUGUGUCUAUCUUGCAAUACUGCAAACUACAUCACAAUACAUACAAAUCUGUAUCCGGCAAAGAUGUAGAGGCUUUCUCUCCAGGCAAGCGAAGUGUCGUGCUAGAAUGUGAAGAUGAUCAUAUGACUAUUUCUGUUUUGGAACUGAAGGACGAUGGUUCCCUAGAAAUGGUUUAUAGUAAUUAUGAGGAUGUACUCGUCUCCUGUCAAGUACAAGAGGAAUUUAUAAAUAUGUUCAUCAAAGUAUUUGGGAAAUGUGUUUUUGAUGACUUUUACAGCCAUUGUCGAUCUGACUAUUUUAAUCUAUUCAGAGAAUUUUGCGGGAAUAUGAGUAAGGAUUUACACGGUAAAGAGCCACUUAUCAUUACAAUGCCCUCGUCUUUCUCAGCAUUGGUUACAGACAAAACUGGUAAAAGUAUUGAACAAGCGAUUGAGCAAACCGAUAUUGCUCAAAAAAUGGCGUACACUUCAAGCAAACUUAAGAUUGCGCCUGAGAUUUUUCAGAGUUUAUUUUUAGAAGCCGCAACAAAUACAGUACGUCUUCUUCGAAAAGGAUUUCAACAGUCAGGACUGGAAAAUAUAGUGAAUAUUAUCCUUGCUGGAUAUUUUUCUAAAUCGACAAUUAUCCAAGACCACAUAAGAAUGUCAUUUCCUUCGCAUCACCUUAUUAUUCCUAGGGAUGGAAAUGUAGCUGUGGCGAAGGGGGCUGUAUUGUACGGUCAAAACCCUGCCAAAUAUAUGAAGGCAAGAAAAAUGGACUUAAAUGAGUCGACUGGGGUUUCAUUGUGUUAA